UUUCUUUUUUCCCUUUUAGACACAGACAAAUAGGCAGACAGACAGAGAGAGGCAGGGGCGGACACACUAGGCUGAGCUCGUGUCAAACACAUGCAGACGGGCUUCCUGAAGCGCCGGAGUAUCUGUCACCGUGCAGCAAGAGGGACUCGAUGAAAGAUGACAGAGGAGGUGAUUGUUAUAGCCAAGUGGGACUACACGGCCCAGCAGGACCAGGAACUUGACAUCCGGAAAAACGAGCGCCUCUGGCUCCUGGACGACUCCAAGACGUGGUGGCGGGUACGGAACGCCGGCAACCGCACCGGCUACGUCCCAUCCAACUACGUGGAGCGCAAGAACAGCUUGAAGAAAGGGUCGCUGGUGAAGAACUUGAAAGACACUCUUGGUUUGGGUAGGACUCGACGGAAGACCAGCGCCUCCCCCACCCCCAGCACGGACGCAGAGUACCCAUCCAACGGCAGCGGCGGGGGCAUGGGCAUGAUGAGCAGCGGCGGCGGCGCAGAGCGCAUCUACGACCUCGCGAUCCCGGCCGUGGUCAAGUUCUCCUACGCGGCCGAGCGCGACGACGAGCUGACUCUGGUGAAGGGCGCGCGCGUGGUCGUCAUGGAGAAAUGCAGCGACGGCUGGUGGCGGGGCAGCCACGCCGGCCACGUCGGCUGGUUCCCGUCCAACUACGUCCAGGAGGAGGCGGCCGGCGGGAGCCUCGACGGGGACGCGGGCGGAGGCUACGGCUCCCAGCGGGUGGCCGCCGGCCCCGGCUUGUCCUCGGGGGUGAUCGUGUCGAACGGCUGGGCGACGGCCGGCGGCCGCGGCACUACGGGGGGCGGCGGUGGCCGCGGCCCCAGGGUCCUCCACGUGGUCCAGACGCUGUACCCCUUCAGCUCCAUGACCGAGGAGGAGCUGAACUUUGAGAAAGGCGAGACCAUGGAGGUGUUGGAGAAGCCCGAGAACGACCCAGAGUGGUGGCGCUGCCGAAACGGCCACGGCCUGGUGGGCCUCGUGCCUAAGAACUAUGUGGCUGUCCUGAACGACGGGCCUGAGGUGGCCAUGGCAACGGUGAUGCCUGGGAGGGGGUACCACACGCUCACGGGCUCGCGGCCUGGCUCGCCGUUCACAGGCGGGGCCAACCUGGGGCCCUCGCGCACGGGCAAGUUUGCGGGGUUGGAUUGGUACUACGGGCCGGUGACGCGCCACCAAGCGGAGAGUGUGCUCAAUGAGAGGGGGGAGGAGGGAGACUUCCUUGUGCGCGACAGCGAGUCCUCGCCCAGUGACUUCUCUGUGUCGCUGAAAGCAGAAGGGAAGAACAAGCACUUCAAGGUGCAGACGUUGGACGGCGCCUACUGCAUCGGCCAGAGGCGCUUCGGCAGCAUGGAGGAGCUCCUGGAGCACUACAAGAGGGCGCCCAUCUUCACCAGUGAGCACGGAGACAAGCUCUACCUGGUCAAGCCCCUGGCCUAAGCCAUCACCUCCCCCUCCUCCAUCCCUCCACACUCCGGCCCAGAUGCCCUCACCACUCUCGACCACCUCUUCCUGCUCCUCCUCUCUACUCCUCUUUUAUCUCCUGUUUGACUCAUCAGACUUAAGGGGCCCAACUGUGGGGCCACUGGGGAAUGACCACAGCACCACAGCAGUGCAGGCAGCCCCCACGAUGAGCCACACACACACACCCAGUGGACCGGAUGCAACUGUUGAGGCUGGCUUCUGCUCCCUGUCUCUCUUUUUUUAAAAUUUAAACUGUCAAAGAUGCCUGUGUCUCGUUGUCAAAUAGUUUUUGUUUGUUUGUUUGUUUGUUUUGUUCUGUUUCCGACAUUUUUAGCGUCACUCCUGAACCUGCGACACCCUACCCUCACAAAGUGACUGUUGUCAGCACUCUCCAAGCCUUGGCUGGGGCCACCUCGUCUUCUCUCCUGUUGCGCUUGUUCUGAGGCGUGUGUAAACCUCUGUGAUGUUUGUUUUUUUGUUUUGUUCUGGACACCUGCUGAAUUGCCCUCUGUCUGUGCCAUUGACAGAGAGAGUGGAAAAAAUGCUGAAAAUGAUGUUGGCUUGGCUGCCUCAUAACAGAAGUUGGAAUCGCUUGAUGUCUAGAGCCACACAGAUGAAAUAAACUUUCUAUUAAUGGAAUCGUUGGUAAUAAGAUCUGGAUGGUAUUUGAUGGCAAUAGGCAAACAAAUGAGUUUAGUUACAAGAAGCCAAGCCAAACUCUGUUCUGACAGGCUAAAAAUAAAUGUUUGGGAAAACAUUAUUUUCAGGAUACCUUAAAUUGUUAGGGAGAAGGACCGAUAAGGGUGACUUCAGCAGCUCAGCAAAGUAUGAAUGUCUGUCAACCUACAACCGUAUGUGCCAGCCACUUCUAGUACUUAUAAACUCAUUGUCUUAAGACACACACACACGCACACACUUACACACACACAAACACAGACACACUUUCUCACACAUGGCGAAUCUUCCAGGGUAACACUCAUGUAACGCUAAAUAGGAUGAGCGCUAAUUCAAAAGUAAUAAUAAGAAAAAAAAAGUAAUGAUUUUCUUCAGUUUUAUUGAACUUGGCUACAAACAAACUGUUUACCAAUAAGAGUGUUGAUCGAUGAGUUUAUCUGCUUUUUUAUAUGGGAUAUAAUGUCUGAAUGUUAUUGAGCAAUGUUAUUUAAUUCCUCUUUCCACUGUAUGUACAUAAAUAUACAUAUUCUAUAUAUAUAAAUAUAUAUAUGAAGAAAGAGAAAGAGAGAGAGAGAUCAGGUGUGUUUUAUGAAUUGCUUAGAAACAACAUAAUGGUACUGUACUGCAGACAGUGUGGUGAGAAUUGAAAUACUUUUGUUCAAUAAAAGUUUUGCAGAAUAACAA